GCCCCUUCCCCAAGCCUUGAUUACGGCAGCUCAUUUUAGUGUCAUGGAUUUUGUCUUAGACUUGAGCUGACCUGAGGGUGAGCAUGAAAUAUGAGAAGUCAGACUUUUGGAACUGCUCAUUCCUUUCCCCUAGAACUGGUGGAUGAGGAUGUGGGUGAGGGAACGACUGGGGGAGAGGGGAAGGUUAGAGAAUGGGCGUGUUUCCCCAUUGCUGGGAGGAGUUUCCAUGGCAUAGCAGUCCUGGAGGUAGCAUGCCAAGACUGUACAGAAGCCUGAGGAAUUUGGAAACUCUUUGACCCAGCAAUUUGAUUUUGAAGACUGUGUCUUAAGAAAAUAAUCAUGGUUCUUCCCCUAAAAGAUUUAGUCUCAAACACUAUUUGUAAUUAUUAAUAGCAUAAAAAAAAGUUGAGAUGACUUAAAUGUCCAGCCUUUGGGGGCUGGGUAAAAUUUAUGAUACAGCUAUGCCGGGUGCCACCCACGGCUCUGUAAAUAUUAUGUAGCCUCAAAAUGACACUGGAGAAGCCUCUGGCAUGCUGCUGCUGAGGACCACUUAAUGACACAGCCGUCACUAUACCAUAUUCAGCUUUAGCACAUCUGUAUAGAAAAUCUGGAAAAUGGAAGGAAGAAACACCAGGCAGGGUGUGUUAUCUGUAGUUAGUGGAGAAAGAACUAGAACUUCUUUCCUUCUUUUCACUUAUUUGUAUUUUCUAAAAUUUAUAGAUUGCACAUAAAUUUCUUUGGCAUGAGGAAAAACAACAAUUACUUUAAAAACAAAUGCUGUCCAUCUAGUCAGCUAUAUUAAUAUCUGGGCUAACAUUUAGGCUCAGUUAAAAAUGGUUCUAAAAUGAAUUAGAAAUUGAAUUCUCAUUUGUAGCAGGGUGAACAACCUACUAUAGGUCAAAGGGAGACUGUGAGUAAGUUUGAUGUAUUAUUAAACUUACUCAUUAUUUGAGUAACACUUGCUGAUUGUAGCCCCUUGUCUGAAAGCCUUAUCUAAACACAAGACCUGGGUCAGAUCGGUGACUGUCUGACUUUUGCUGUUCUUACCACUGCUGGUGUAGCAUAAGGAUGGUUGACUGCAGUGGAGUUUGCUUUGCUUAAUGGGCAGCCCUGAGCGGGUGGGUAUGGGUGAUCAUGUGGCCUGUUUGGGUCCUGGGAAGAGGCUGGCUCCUUCUGGUGGGGGAUGAGGUUCUGAAAGUGGCAGGAAUGACCGGAGCUGGCCGUGGGCUGAUCAAGGGCUUUUACCCUCCUGUAUGUAUUAACAUUUGUGUUUUUGGUGCUCAGCCCACAACUUUGCUUUGUUUUUUCCUCUCUGCACGCAGGGGUAGAGCCAGUUGUGCAGAGCCCUGCAGCCAGCAGCCCUGAGACAAGCAGUGGAUGUCAUGGAGCCCAGCUGAAAUGGACUGGCCUCCUUGAGCCUGUCCCAAUCCCUGGUCCCAGGUCUCCAUCCCAGUGCUGAGAUAAGUCUGAGACAGUGCCCAGGACAGUGACUGACCAUGUACACAGCGAGGAGAAGUGAAAAGGCAGCUUUCCUGUCUCCUUUCCCCAGUAAGAUGUUUUUUGAUCAUCCUAAGAAAAAUGAGCCUUGGCCUCCAGGCCUGAUAAAGCAAGCCUCCCUCCCAUGGAGCACUGGGAUAGUUCCUGAGGACCUGGAGGGAGAUCAGCCAGAAGCAGACAGUCAUGAUGCAGUCCUGAGGUUUAAUGGGGCACCCACAGCCAACUUCCAACAAGAUGUGGGCACGAAAACUACCAUUCGCCUGAUGAAUUCUCAGUUGGUCAGCACAGAAAAGCGCUUCCUCAAAGACAGUUUGUACAAUGAAGGCAUCCUGAUUGUGUGGGACCCAUCUGUGUACCAUUCAGAUAUCCCAAAGUGGUAUCAGAAUCCGGAUUAUAAUUUCUUUGAUAACUACAAGAGCUAUCGUAAGCUGCACCCCAAUCAGCCCUUUUACAUCCUCAAGCCCCAGAUGCCGUGGGAGCUGUGGGACAUCCUCCAAGAAGUCUCCCCAGAAAAGAUUCAGCCAAACCCACCAUCUUCCGGGAUGCUCGGUAUCAUCAUCAUGAUGACAGUCUGUGAUCAGGUGGAUAUUUAUGAGUUCCUCCCAUCCAAGCGCAGGACUGACAUCUGCUACUACUACCAGAAGUUCUUUGACAGCGCCUGCACCAUGGGCGCCUACCACCCACUGCUCUUUGAGAAGAAUUUGGUGAAGCAUCUUAACCAGGGCACAGAUGAGGACAUUUACCUGCUUGGAAAAGCCACACUGCCAGGCUUCAGGACCAUUCGCUGCUGAACACGGCCCCCAACCAGGCCUUUUACUCUUCUCCAUCAAGCAUCUUACGGCUGAUCUCUCAGAUACUCCAGCCUUGGAAGACCAUUUUCCCAAGCAAUGCCGGCCUGCUCCUCACACUCUGUGGGCUCCUGUCAGCAAGAGCUCUGGAGCUGCAGGAGCCUGAAGCAAGGAACCAGGCUUAGCCUUCCCUAAAGCCACAGAAAGUGUGUGAUCCCAGAGACCCUUCCACACCCGUGUACACACACUCGGCAUGCUUUCCAGACAGCAUUCUCUCCACCUUCCGCACAGACGGAUGCAAGAUCCACCUUUCUCACCAGGGCUGCCAACGCUGGGCUUGGUUUUUCCCAACUGAAUGAUGCCAUUUGCACAAACUAAUGCUCUAUAUUGUGUGAAAUCUGUACCUAGAUAUUGAUAUGCAUAUCAUAUUGAUAAAAACUCUCCCAAAUUAUGAUCAUGCCUCAUGCAAGGUAGCUGUGGCAGGCAAGUUAGUGCACAGGACAUUGCAAAUAGGCUCCAUCCCUCUAGAAUGAAGCUGCUGUCAAGGUCCCUGCUCUUGGGACAUGUUCCUAUCACUGAGGCUGGUUGGGCUGGUCCUUAGCCUGAGCUCUUAUGAGCAGAGGGUCUUGAUUAGCCCACUUUCUCUCUCCAUGUGGAGAUGGAAGGUACAGAAAGAUACAGCUGUGUCUUCAAGUUCAGUGGGAGAGGCAAACAUCUACACAGGUAGUUGGGAUUCAGAGUGUUCGGUGCCCAGAGGGCUUGUAGAAGAGGGGGUUUGUUGUCCAUAUACCCUAGAGGGCCACACACCUGCUGUAUCUGUGGUUUGUAGGAGGCUUCACAGAGCUGGGGCCAGUGGAGUGGUCUCAGAGGAGGAGAAACACAGCAAGCAGAUUUUGUCUGAGCCAUUUGUGUCAUGUUUUUCUUUCUUCCUCUAUUCUCAAAAACUUGCCUGAACUUAGAGGCAUAAGAUACUUUUGAUGAAGCCCCCACCUAAUUCUGAGGUGGUCAGUGUAGCCCCACAGCCAGGCUCCCCAAACCAGAUUUCUCAGGUGUGGCCUAGGUUGACCCUGUCCUCCCAGCUGGGUUUGCAGUGCACUCGGCUCUCCGUCUUAAUGCCUAACUCAGAAUCUCCUCCACCAUCUUUUUCCUCCUCUUUUAAAGUUUUAAAGUAGUCUUCCCCUCCCAAAUAACUUUUAGGCAUUGUCUGCUCUAAAACUAUCUGGAUUCCAAUUUCUCUGACCUCUGGGGCCUUCUAGGGAAGGUGUCUCCCAGAAGUGGGGGUGUGGCUGCUUAGGAUUUACGUCACUCUCAGAGGUCAGAGCCUUGGAGGUGGAAACAGAUUCUCACCAGACGUGAUACCGGCUCACUAUGCUCUCUAUCCCUUCUCUGCAGGGAGACAGCAUCAGAGUCUCCAGGUGGAGGCUAGCCCACUGUGUUUGCCAACAUGCUCCCCAGAUGGCUUUGCUAAGUCCCCUUCCCCUGGUAGGAACGUCACUGGACUGGUCCACCAGAGUGGAGAGGUUAAAUGACUUGCUCAAGGUCACAGAGUAGUUCUGUAGAGCGAGGGCUCUUAGACCUAGGCCUCUGGGUUCAGGCUGGCCCCACAUGGCAAAGGGGAUCUAAUGUUUCAUCUCUACACCAACCGACCCAGAGCUGGGACACUCAUUUGCUGCCAGACCCUUGGCUUGUGUAGGCCGUAGAAAGAGCCCUGGAGUGAGAAGACCUAAGUUUUCAAGUUGAUGCUCCCCUACUUACUAGCUGUAAGUAGGGCAAAUUCUCUCCCCCGAGCCUCUACGUCCACAUCUAUAAAAUAGGGUGAUGAUCUGACCUCACAGGGCUGUUGUGAGAAAUACAUUAAAGCACCUGUCCUAGCUCUGUGCCUGGCACACAGUUGGUGCUCAGUACAUGCAGAUUUCCUUCCUUUAAUGACCUGCUUUGUGCUCACACCUGGGCUGGGCCCUGCUAUAAGGGAGGCUGGUGCAGAGGGGGGUCCUGUCCUCAGGGAGACAACAACUACCCCACUUGAAACACCCGGAGGUGUGGCAAACCUGCAUCCUUAAGGCCAUGUGUGGACCCCCAGAUCCCCAAGUGUAGCCCCUCUACUGAAUCCACACUUCAUAGAGCAAAUCCCUUCAUAAUGAGGCCUCAAGUUUCCCACCCCCUAGCUUGGGAAUGGUCAGAGCACUGGGCUGCCUAGCCGCUAUAUGGGAAGGGCCGAUGAAUUCCUGGCUUGCUUCGUGUCCUGAGUUGGUGCAGUCAUGAUCUUUGACUCAUGAACAUUGAUGAGAUAGGACAGUGGGAUUCAUGUUGAGACUACACUGGGUAGAAUCUAGUUUAUUAUUAUUAUUAAUAUAAGCAAACAAGUUAAAUAUGAUUCUGAAGUCUAGCUUUCUAUGGGUAUAGAAAGUAGAAAAUAGAAACUUUGGUAAAAUGUGAGAACAUGUGGGUAUUAUUGCUGUUCUGUGAGAGGUUCAGUAUUAGUGACAGGUAAUUUAUAAAUUACAGCUGAAUGCUGCCUCCCUCUGGAUGAGGUUCCAUCUUCUUCAAUAGCCAUCUCCUCAUCCUGUAUCAUCGGGUCCUUUCUGAUCCUUUUAUGACUCAAAUAAGCUAUUGCUGUUGGUUUUUGAGACGUUAGUCUCAGAAACUUCUGAAACAUGCCUAAGCUAAUUCUGAAUUAUUCAAAGAUUAAAAGUUUGAAAUAAAUGUAUUUUUCUUAAAGAUGCCUCCUCUCGUCUUACUUGCUGAGGGAAUGAUUGCUGAUUGCCAAUCUUAUCUCCAAAGAGGACACAACCGUGUCCCUAAAUCCCUCAGUUCUCCUCUGCUAGCUGCUCUGGUCCUAGAGUUUCUCUUCAGUGCUCCAGGAGAAGGAAUGCUUACUUAUUUGGAAAGACAGCCUCUUUGAAAUAUGGACUGCUUUAUUGUUCUUGCCUAGAUGCAAAUGACUAAGCUAUUGCUCAUCCAAUACGUCCAAGAACGGAUGCAGUGGGGUAGAAAGCAGAAUGGUUUCUAGAACUCUAAAGUUCUUAAAAGAAUGAUGUUCCACAAGACUAGCGAAAUGUCUGGGUAAAAAGUCUGAGGUGGAGCGUGAGUUAGGGGAGAGAGGAUGAUUCCUUUUCCCACCCAUCAUACAAUCAUUAUGCUAUAGUCAAGUGCAGGCCUGGCUGCUUGCUGCUUGCAAAAGCCAGUAGCAAGGAUGAGGUGUGAUGAGAGUCACUUUAUUCCAGAGCUGGCAGUGGAGAAAUGGCCAAGACUCCUGCCUCAGAGAAACCAUUUUGAAGUCUUGAACUGAUGAUGGGGGCUUAAAAACAGAAUUUGGUACACAGGGAAUGCAGGAAUGGCUAGGAGGUGUGCGGGUCAGUGUGGAUUGUCUCCAUGACUAUCUUGAAUUAUUUUUAUUUUUAUUUUUAUUUUUUGCAGUUUUUGGCUGGGGCUGGGUUUGAACCCGCCACCUCCGGUUUAUGGGGCCAGCACCCUACUCCUUUGAGCCAUAGGCACCACCCCUAUCUUGAAUUAUUUGUCCCCCACAGUGAGUGGGUGGCUGGGCCAUCUUGGAAGCUGUUUAUCUAUAGAUUAAUUGUGGCCUUUGAGGUCAUUUCCUGGUGGGGAUCUGGCUUGUUUUGAGACUCAGUCUCUGGAAUUUCUAAACAAGCACCUAUAUUGGGGGGAAACUUGAGCAUGGGCAGUGUGCCUGGUGGGAAGAAGGAGGGUAAAGGCCAAUAUUUCCUCAUUAAGAGCAGAAGAAGGAAUGGGCAGGAAAAUGUCUAAAUGGGACCUAGGAAAUGAGGGCAUCGGUCACAGUGGGUUGAAUUGUGCCCACCCAGAAAUCAUAGAUAGAAUUCCUAACACCUGCUACCUCAGUAUAUGACCUUAUUUGGAAAUCAAGACAUUGCUGAUGUUAAGAUGAGGUCAUAGUAGUGUACAGCCAGCUCCUGACCCCAUCUCAUUGGUGUCCUUAUAGAAAGGGGCAAUUUGGAGGCAGACUUGCACACGGGAGAAUGCCAUGUGAUGUGAAGGCAGAGAUGGGGCAAGGCUUCUGCAAGCCUCCAGAGACACCAGCACACCCCCUGAGGCUGGAGAGGGUGGGAGGGACCGCCCCUCUGGCACCCAGAUCUCAGUUCUGGCUUCCAGAUCCAUGAGCGAGCUGUGAAGUUUGAAGUGUUUUGCAGUUUGCAGCCUUAGCAAUCUAAUCUAAUGCCUUCCCCAGCUCCUUCUAUAACUCACCAGCUAGGGCACAGUCCCCUGGGUCAGGGUUAGAGAGAGUGGUGAAGGGCACAUGGCUAUCUGGGCCUCGACAAAAUUUUUAAACUGAAUACUUAUUAGGGAAAGUGUAAAUAAUUUUAUGUAGCUAUUUAUGUAGGUUGCUCCCCAAGGCCCAGGCCUGGACAGGAGCUUGUCUCCUAGCUAGGACCCCUAAGCAAAGUCAACUAAGACUGAGCACACCUUUCCUGGGAAGUUUUCCCUGAUUUGGGGCCCGUGUCCCCAGAAAAGCUUCCAUAGGACCCUCUUGCCCUAGCAUGUAUUAUAGUAAAGUAACCUGUCUUGCUUUUCACAGGAUUGUGAGACCCUCAAGACAGGGCUUGGGUCUAAUUUGUCUUUAUUCCUAAUGUCUAUAGAAUAUGAUGAAUGAAAGUUUGUUCAGCUGAACAGGAAAAUAAUACCAUUGUAGAAAUAAUGCUAACCUAUUUCGUAGGGUUCUAUUGUUAUCAGUCAAAAUUUUUAACUGUGUUAAAGUUGUGACUUAGUAAACUGUAUAUUUUUCAUUGAAAAGAAGGAAUCAACGGAGAACAUCUCAUCCCUAAGUAUUUCAUGUCCUGUGCCAAGUGGGCCAUUAAGGAGCCCAAAGGAACAUGCAUCAGUAAACCCAUUUUGUUUCCAACAAAGGCUCUUAUUCUCUCAGAACAGAGCACCAGCUACAAAAUAGCUGCUAGCCCCCUUCCUCCUAAAGUCUCAAGAGCAUUUUCCUUGUGGCCCAUCCUAAUGGAAAACAUACAGGACAGGGAAUUCUUGGGCAGUCCAUAGCAGCCAAGUGGACACAAAUCCAUCACGUGUACUUUCUGAUCUGGCUCCUUUUACUCAGCAUAAUUAUUUUAAGAUUCAUCUGUACUGUUGUGUGUACUAAUAGUCUAUUCUUUGUUAAUGCUAGGUAGUAUUCCAUUUUUGGAUAUACUGUAUUUGUGUAAGUUGUCUCUGUUGAUGAACAUUUGGAUUGUUUCUAGUUUGGGGUUAUUGUAAAUAAAGCUGCUGUGACUAUUCAUA